AUGACCGAUUUCGACCAGUGGUUCAGCAUCACUAGAGGUUACAAAGCUCUCAUUGACAACACUGGAAUUCCAAUGGAUCCGGAACAUUGGAAUCCGGAAAUGAAGAAAAAGGCGCAGAUCAAUUUCAAAGCUCUUUACAUAAUUCAGUGCAGGCUAACAAAAGAAGAGCUGAACCGCAUCGACCCAUAUGAAAACGCAAAGGAACUUUGGGAUAAGCUCAUAGAACUACACAAGGGAACCAAUAACGCUAAGGAAGGCGAGACUGCCAGUCAGCUGCAUGCGAGAAUAAAGGACAUCCUCAACGGACUCCACAUAAUCAGCCACCAAUUAGAGAACCGGGAUAUGAUAAGAACUGCAUGA